AAAAUAUGAGUUUUUCCUGCCUUGCAUGCAAGAGUUGAGAUAACGGUUGGACUUAAAAUUUUACGGUAACGAAUGUAAUAGAGUAUUUCGUUUUUGAUGUAAUACACGAGGUAGCUAUUUAUGUGAGUAAACUGCUUAAAUGUUGAUAAAACGUAUUUCAAAUGCACUGGGCUGACAUAUAGCUACUACUGGUUCAGCCUGACCCAUCAAAACAAAUCACGUUUUGGCUAGCUUAGCAAGCUAGCUACCUUAUAGCCACGGUGACGUUAUGUCCGCUAGUUAAGAUAGCAACAAACAAGUGGAUUGCAAGGUUUCAACUGUUAAGGUUAUGGUGAGUCCUUUUGUGUCUCUGCUACUAAGGAGGCCUGUGUUCUAAGAGGAGACCCAUGCUGAUAAAUGCCAGGCCUCGCCACGCUCUCUGCCGUCUGCACAAACACAAAUGCCUGCCUGUCUGUGGGGGAGGUCUGAUUAAAGAUACCCACGCUUCACCUACUGGGCUGUGCCCCCUGUCCCAGCGGCCACCAUGUUCUGGAAGUUUGAUCUGCACACCAUCUCCCACAUCGACCAGCUGCUGGACCGCGAGGACGUGACCCUGCGGGAGCUGAUGGAGGAGGACGACGUCCUGCAGGAGUGCAAGGCCCAGAACCGACGCCUGCUCCUCUUCCUCUCCCAGGACCACUGCAUGCAGGAGCUCGUCAACCUCAUCACCACGGAACCCCCCGCCGACCUGGAGGAGAGGAGCCGUUUCAAGUUCUCUAACAUUGCUUGUGAGCUGCUGACAUCAGAUGUGUCCCUCAUCAAUGACAAGCUGGGGGGGGAUGAGUCGCUCCUGGAGACACUAUAUCACUUCCUGGAACAGGACCCGCCCCUGAACCCUCUAUUGGCCAGCUUCUUCAGCAAGACCAUCGGCAAUCUCAUCGCCAGGAAAACCGAACAGGUGAUCUCCUUCCUGAGGAAGAAGGAUGGCUUCAUCGGCCUGGUGUUGAAGCACAUCGACGCCUCCGCCAUGAUGGACCUGCUGCUUCGGCUCAUCAGCUGCGUGGAGCCCGCCCCCUUGAGGCAGGAGGUCCUCAAUUGGCUGAACGAGGAGAAGCUCAUCCAGAGACUAACAGAGCUCAUCCACACAGGCAAAGACGAGGAGAGACAAUCAAACGCAUCCCAGACGCUUUGUGACAUCAUCCGCCUUAGUCGAGACCAGGCCAAUCAGAUGCAGGAAAACGUGGAGGCCGACCCCUUACUGACUGUGCUGGAGUCGCAGGAGAGCGUGGCAGGUCUUCUGAAGACCAUGUUUGAGGGGGAGAGGAGCGAGGCCUCCAUCGUGAACGGAACUCAAGUGCUACUUACCUUACUGGAGACCAGGAGGUCUGGGUUGGAAGGGCUGAUGGAUCUGUAUUCUCAGGGAUAUGAAAGGUCUUACACUGUCAACAGCAGUAUUUUACAUGCCAUUGAGCCCCAUCUAAAGGACUUCCAGCAGCUUCUCCUGAAUCCCCCCAAGAAAAGUGCAAUACUGACAACCGUCGGCGUUCUGGAGGAGCCGCUGGGGAACGCCCGCCUUCACGUGGCCCGCCUGGUGGCCGCCCUGCUGCAGACCAGCGCGCCCAGCAUCUGCCAGGAGCUGUGCCAGCUCAGCACCAUGGACCUGCUACUGGAUCUCUUCUUCAAAUACUGCUGGAACAACUUCUUGCACUUCCAAGUGGAGCUGUGCGUGGCGUCCAUCCUGAGCCACGCUGUCCCCGAGGAGCGGCUCAACCCGGGCCUCCAGAACCACGAGGAGAAGCCCUCGGCGGGCGCCGGCACCCAGGAGGAGGAGGGAGGGGAGCCGGGCAAGAGCGCCGACCCGGAGACCCCCCUCCACCACGCCCUGGUGGCACACCUCUUCCAGAAGUGUCGGCUGGUGAUGAGGAUCCUGGACGCCUGGGAGGAGAACGAUAAGAUCCAGGCGGAGGGAGGCACCAGGAGAGGCAACAUGGGUCAUCUGACCAGGAUUGCUAACAUGGUGGUACAGAACCUGGAGAAGGGACCGGUCCAGACCCAGAUCAGUGACCUCAUCAAAGAGUUGCCAGAGGACUGCAGGGGACGAUGGGAGAGCUUUGUGGAUGAGACCCUGAGAGAGACCAACAGGAGAAACACAGUGGAGUUGGUGAGCACCCAUAACCUUCAUUCCUCCAGCGAGGAUGACGACAUGGAGAGUCCUUUCCCCAACGACCUGUCACUCCAGCAGGCGUUCUCAGACUAUCAGAUCCAGCAGAUGACUGCCAACUUCGUAGAUCAGUUUGGGUUCAAUGAUGAGGAAUUCAGUGAGCAUGACGAAAACAUUAACUCCACGUUUGACCGGAAUGCCGAAAUCAACUUCAAUCUAGAUGCUGAUGAUAAUAGUGCCAACGCGGCUGCCUUCGAGGCCUGCUGUAAAGAGAGGAUACGGCAGUUUGACGAUGCUGAGGAGGAGGAGGAUAUCUGGGAUGACAAGGAGAUCAACUAUGCAGCUCAAGUCAAAUCCAGAACAAGGUUUGGGGGGUCCCAGACCUCGGAGCGCAGCUCCAGGGGCAGCCUGGAGAACGGGGGCCGGGAGCGGGACCGCGGGUCGGGCUCCGACGAGGACGAGGACUCCCGACAGAGCCCCCCGGAGGCACGCGGCGCGGAGGACGGCAAGGACGCCCAGAGUACGGCCCCCGACUCGCGUCCAGGCUGGACGGCCAGUUUCGGGGAGUCAGGGGGGGAUCCGUCCUCCCCGGCCCCCGUGGGGUGGGACUCCCCAGGUGGGGGUGGUGGAGACACGCAGGAGACGGGCUGGGCCAACUUCACCGAGUUCCAGCCUUUCAGCAGCUCAGAGAUGGGCCGUAGGUGCAGCUCUCCCACGGACAAGGGCAGCAGCGACGCCGACAAACAAGCCAAGCACAGCCCCAACAAGAGCCCCAAGCACAGCCCCAACAAGAGCCCCAAGCACAGCCCCAACAAGAGCCCCAAGCACAGCCCCAACAAGAGCGCGGCAAACCCUUCUUCCGGUGACUGGCCGGUGGACCAGGGGAAGAAGGCGCCCCUGGUGGGCUCAGACGGCAGCUCCUCUGGGGGCUCAGACAGCGAGGAGGAUGACAAGGCAGCCGCCGCAGCCGCCGCCGCAUCCCAGAGCGCCAGCCCCGGCGCCAAGAAGAGAGCCGACCUCAAAAGUGAGGAGAUCUCAGUGUCUCUGGAGAAGCUCUCCCUCACAGCCUCGCCCCCAGCCUCCCCCCCAGUGGCCCCGGAGCAGAGUCCAGCAGCAGGCGCGCCCCCCAGCCCCGCCACACAGACUGAUAGGAAAGGUGACACGCCACAGCCCCCCGAGGUGUCAGUGAAUGGGCCCGUCUGAGGCAAGUGAGAGACACAGGCCCAGCCUGGAUGGAUGCCACAGACUCUGUGCCACUUCCAGUGACCCCUACCCCCUCCCUUCUCCCUCUCCCCCUCCCCCCAAUAACCUCACUGCAACCUAUGGUGUUUUACUGAAUCACUCUGCCAUGUUAUUGGACCUGGACACUGCCAAUCAACACCAAUAAUGAGGAGGCGGGACAUGUAUGAACCAACCAACAGACAGAACAGUGUAGAGGGAUAUUCUUCAAGCCUUUUCUGAUGUUGCACAUAAAUACGUGCGGUUUUAAUGUAGCAGUGAUCUUUUAACGACAGAAUCCGUGGAGUAUAAACCAUUGUUGUUGUUGUUGUUCCCCCCCUCCCCCUCUGAAGGAUUUCUCUCCUACUCUUAACAAAAGGUUGGAUCAGAAUUGUAGGGAUGUAACAUCAUUGCCCAAAGCGGAUAGCACAGGUUAACUUUAAAUGAAAUGAUGCCUCAACAAUAAAUACCUUUUUUUUUUUGCUUAAGAAAAGCACUUAUGCAGCCAUUUCCUGAACGUUAUAGCACAAUGUACGUGUCCGACUCCUCCCCCUCAUCUCUGCAGGCCAUCGUGUUCUCGUCCCUCACUGAGAUCCAAAUCUUCUUCUUUUUUUGUUCUCGUUCUUUUGGUUGCUUUUAUUGAAACAUUCUCUCAUUCUUGUACGUCUCCAGUUCUCUGAAUGUGUUAAAUGCUUCUGGGGAGUCUCACAGAGGAUAGUGGUGGGUCGAUGAACAGACUUCUGUAGUAUUACUGUCUUCUGCUCAUGUGCAAUAAUGUCAAUUAGUCAUUUAAUUUAAAUUUUAAUCUGUUUUUUCUUUAUCAACUUGCGUGUCGUCAGAGAAAGAUGACUCAUUCGGUAUCACUAUGGGCAAACCAAUUUGGAUAUAAUCUCAAAUCAAGGUUUUGAUUUUGUCUUGUUUUAUUUUUGUUCUUGCAUGUAUAAGUGGUUCUCUGUUGACCUAGCUAGUGAGCUGAGACCUCCUGAUUGUAUCAACUUUUAAGUUCUUACUGCUAUCCCCCCUUAAAUCAACCAAACAUUAUCUACCUAUAUUCAAAUAUUAUCUACAUUUAAAGUAAUUUUACAAGCAAUCUCAAGAUGCCUGUGUGUCUAUGUUCCGUUUAUCCUCCCUGCACUUACAAGGUAGGAGUGCCUGUUGCAUCUGUUGAGGAUGUUGCCGUCUCUGAAAGGGGCGGGUCUUGGAGAGGGGCAUUGUGGGCCGCGCAGAACAUCUCGAGUUCUCCGUGUGCUUACACAAUCACUUGACAGCUAUCAAGUUCUAUGAUCCUUGUUUCACGUUUUGAAAUUAAACUUUUCUGGUUGACAAUAUGAAUGCCAAAGGCCUGCUUGUCAAUGUGGAACGAAUGCAUCUUUUCCUCCCAGAACACUGAGGUGAGGUAGAGACGGGACAAGGUUCACCACCUGACGUUCACCAUCCCACCGUUUUGAGAUGACCUUAAAGCUGCAAUAGGUAACAUCAUAAAAUAAAUUCCAAGAUGAGAAACGGAGCCCCCAAGUCUUGUCUGAACUUCAACGCUUUCUGCCAGCUUGACCUAUGCACAGAGCUGUGUCGCUAAACGCAGAGUGCCUCAGGCGUUUACACGUUCAUAGGGUAUAAAGUCCUAUUCUUUCUGAAAGAAUCUUGCCUACUGUACCUUUAAAGGAGAUGAUGCAUGAUUUGAACAGGGUGUAGAUCCUUUGCAUAUAUUUAUAAUAACACUUCCCCCUCCCUCAACACUUCUCAUUUGGAUUGUCACCCGAGUGGAGGCGAGUGUCUUAUGCCAACUUGAUUCCAUCAAAAUAUAUCCUGUACAUUCAGACCAAACAUGAUUAGUUUUUUGUUUCGCAUGCAGUCGCUCUUGGUUUCAUCUUGAAAAGAAUAAUUCACUUAAAAUAGAAGUUAUUUGGCCCAUAUCUAAUUUCCCUCAAAUGAUGCCUGGACUAACCUUUUUUCCUUGUUUCUUACAAGCUGCCUCCUGUAUUUGUCUGUUGGGUUUGGAGUCUGACCACACUAACCACAGGGAGACUAUAUAGAGCUGUGAGGGAUGUUCCCUGCCCAUAGCUCUGACCACCAGCCACUCCAACAGGGUGAGGCCUCCCAUCCCCAUCUGUCUCGUCAGUCAUCAAGGUUGGAAGCAGAAGUUGCUAAGCAGCCGAGCUAGAAAACAAUAGGGACUCGUUCAAACAAAACGCAGAGGAACGACGGCUUUUAAACCCACAGUGUUUUGUUUUAAUUCUAAAAAAUAUUUUACAUGAUUGACAACAUAACCCGGCUCAGAAGGAAAUUUCUAAUUAGAAAAGAUGGAACAUAAAAAUAAAUAAAAUAAUUACAAUGUGUCAUUCUGAUGGAUGUUUUAUGUUUUCAAGUCCAAUCAGGAGAUGAACCCCAGGGAAUGGGGUGAGUGGGGCUUGUGGACUGAUAUUCUAAGCAUCCACCUGUGCAGGUCAAGUAACAUGGAUUAAGCCUUUUUCAAAAGACUUGCCUUUACUUUCACCAGCACACCUUAUUACUAUUGCUCGGGUCGACAUUGGGGGAGGACAA